AUGGACAUAUCAUUCUUACCCUUCCUUUUAUUUUCAACAAGUUUAAUAUUUCUUUUCAUCACACAAAUUCUAAAAUUAGGAAAAAGAAUAUUAAGGGUCACAAGCAAAACACAAAAAAUCAUUCCACCUGGACCAUGGAACCUUCCUAUCAUAGGAAGUAUACACCACCUUAUUGGUUCUCUACCUCAUCAUGGUUUAAGAAAUUUGUCCAAAAUACAUGGCCCUAUCAUGCACCUAAAACUAGGUGAAAUAUCAACCAUAAUAAUUUCUUCACCUGAAUUUGCCAAAGAGAUUUUGAAAACUUAUGAUAUGGUUUUUGCUCAUAGACCACACCAAGUUGGUGCAGACAUCAUGUGUUACGGUUCCACCGACAUCGCGACAGCGCCUUACGGUAGCUAUUGGAGACAAUUAAGAAGAUUAUGUUCACAAGAGCUUCUUUGUACAAAACGUGUUAGAUCAUUUCAAUCGAUUAGAGAGCAAGAGGUAUCAAAUUUAAUAAAACAUAUUUCUAAUAACAUUGGAACAUGUAUUAACCUUAGUGAAAAUGUUGCUUGCUUGACAAGUUCCAUUACUUCAAGAGCAGCUUUUGGUAAAAUAUGUAAAGAUCAACAAGAGUUUAUUUUGUUGAUUAAGAAACUUGUGAAAAUUGCUGAAGGGUUUGUUAUAAUGGAUUUGUUUCCUUCACAAAAGUGGUUACAUGUGAUAAGUGGAAUGAAGCCUAAAUUGGAGGAGUUGCAUAUGAAAUUUGAUAAUAUUUUUGAAAAUAUUAUUAAGGAGGCUAUGACAAAGAAGGGUGAUGGAGAGACAAUAGAGGGUUUUCUCUCUGUCCUUCUUAGGAUUAAAGAUUGUGAUGAUGGCCUUGAGUGUCCUUUGACUAUUGACAAUAUCAAAGCUGUAGUUUUGGACAUGUUUGUUGCUGGAAGUGAUACAUCAGCUGCAAUUAUAGAAUGGGCUAUUUCAGAAAUGAUGAAAAAUCCAACAGUAAUGAUCAAAGCUCAACAAGAAAUAAGAGAACAUUUUGACAGCAAGGGAUACAUAGAUGAAACAUCUCUUAAAGAACUAAAAUAUCUAAAUGCAGUGAUCAAAGAAGCAUUGAGAUUACACCCUCCUUUCCCUCUUCUUCUCCCUAGAGAAUGCCGAGAAACUUGUGAGAUUAAAGGGUACACAAUACAUGCCGGAAACAAAGUGAUAGUUAAUGCAUGGGCAAUUGGAAGAGACCCUGAGUAUUGGAGUGAACCAGACAAGUUCAUGCCGGAGAGAUUUUUGGAUUGUUCCAUUGAUUUCAAAGGUUCCAAUAUUGAAUACAUACCGUUCGGUGCUGGAAGGAGAAUUUGCCCUGGUGUUUUGUUCGGUGUAUCUAGUAUUGAAAUUGCUCUUGCACAACUUCUCUACCAUUAUAAUUGGGAACUUCCUAGUGGAUUAACAAUGGAAAAUCUAGAAAUGACCGAAUCUUUGAGUUCCUCAUCAAGAAGAAAAACCGAUCUGAUUCUAGUUCCUAUUUCUUGUUACAAUCCUAAACAUGCUUCGUAA